AUGUCCGACGCCGAGUACAAGGAGGCAUUUGCCCUGUUCGACAAGAAGGGAACGGGCCACGUCGCGCGCGAGUCGCUGGGCGACCUGCUGCGGGCGCUCGGCCAGAAUCCGACGCAGGCCGAGGUGGCCGACCUGGCCAACGCCGCGCCCAAGGAGAUCGACUUUGACUCGUUCCUCAAUAUCCUCCAUCGCCCCAACGGCUUCAAGCCCGCGGGAACGCCCGACGAGUUCAUCCGCGGCUUCCAGGUGUUUGACAAGGAGGGAAACGGAUACAUCGGCGCCGGAGAGCUCAGAUACGUCCUCACCAGCCUCGGCGAGAAGCUGAGCGACGAAGAGGUCGACGAGCUCCUCAAGGGCGUUCAGGUCGGACCGGACGGCAACAUCCACUACGAGUCGUUCGUCCGACAGAUCCUCAGCCAGUAG